GCCGCAUCUGCCGGGCCCUGGCCGGGGCCACGUCCCUGGCGCAGCUCAACCUUAACCUGGGCGUCGUGUCCAGCCCCAGCCGCAUCAAGCAGCUGGCUGAGGCUCUGCGGACCAACCGCUCCAUCCAGUCCCUCUUCCUGCAUGGGAGCCCCCUGACAGAUGCGGGGCUGGCCUUGCUGAACCCAGCCCUGGCCCUCCACCCUGCCCUUGUGGCUCUGGACCUGGGGGACUGCAUGCUGGGUGAUGAAGCCAUCAACCUCAUCUGUGGUCUCCUGCCCCCAGAUGGGGCCAAAUCUGGCUUGAAGGAGCUAACGCUGAGUGCCAACCCUGGCAUCACCCCUAAGGGCUGGAGCCGCCUCGCCAUUGCUGUGGCCCACAGCUCCCAGGUCCGCGUCCUCAAUCUGGAUUACAACCCCCUGGGUGACCAUGUGGCAGGAAUGCUGGCUGUAGCUGUGGCCUCCAGUCGUACGCUAGAGGUCCUAGACUUGGAGGGCACAGGGCUCACCAACCAGUCAGCUCAGACCCUGCUGGACAUGGUAGAAAAUUACCCCACAGCUUUGCGGAGCCUGGUGUUGGCUGAGAACAGCAUUAGCCCAGAGCUGCAGCAACAGAUCUGUGACCUCCUCUCUGAGGGAGAGGAGGAGGAGGAAGUGGCAGGAGGGGCUGGCGACACCCAGGAAUGGGAGAGAGGGCGGGAGCCUGCUGCCCACCAGAGGGGCAGCAGCUCCUGGAUGUGCCCCAGUGAUCCCAGCUCUCAGAUGGUGCUAAUGACGUCAGGACUAGGGGACAGUCUGUUGGCUGAGACCGAGAUGUGACUCUCCACUGGGCCUCUGCACACCAUUUCACUUGUCUAUUGUCCAAGCCCCUUGCCCCAGAUAUCAGGCUCAGGCCCUGGGGCUUGGGAGGGAACUGGGGUCAGGGGCUACAUGGGGGCUCUGGCAGCUCCUGGCAGUGUGGUGGGAAGGAAGCUCUGGAAGCCGUAACUGAGCAACAGCCUUGGGGGGCACUUGAACCCAAGGCAAUGCCUUUGAACUUGGCAGCUCUGGCUGCAACCCGCUGGCUCGGAAAAGAUUUUAUGAACUCCACAA